AUGGAUCGCCGUUACCGCAAGAAGUCCGCCAAGACACUAGGUGACCUCUCAUCCUCAUCGUCCUCCUCCACCUCCACAACCAAAGGGAUGGUAAAAGUACACAUUUCGGAGCUGGGAAAGCCUAAAGCUCCAGUGACCAACCCCUCUCGCGGUGCCGGUGGUGCCUGGGCAAGAAACUACCGCCGCGCCACGGUCGAAGACGUCGACGACUCUUCAGACUCUACGCAUCGGAACCGCAGCAAGUCCAAGGACCGUCACGUCCACUUCAAGCCUCGCAACAGCGAGCCCGGCAACGCCAGCCGUCGCCGCCGGCCCCGCGACCCAGACAGCUGGCACCACUCUGGCAGCAGCAGUAGCGGCGGCGAUGUCAAUGCGGGCGCCAUAGACGACGACGCGCGCUCGUCCACUUCGUCUGAUGCACCGCACCUGAGUCCCAAGCCCAUCCGCUCUGCUCUGAAGAAGCCCAAGGCCCGCAAGCCCGCCGUGCCUCCCGAGGGCACUGUCCCUCCCACCACCGAACAGCAGACCGCGGCGGCUCCCGUGCCCCAGCAGCAGACGGGCUACAUGCUCGUGCCAGGACCCCAUCCCGGAACACAACAGCUCGUUCCCGUGCAGGUCUCUACCGGCAACGCCCGGGAGCACCAGCAACCGGCCCACCCCGGCCACGAUGCUAUGGGAAUGGGUCCCGCUCAGCUCCUCGGUGCUCAGCUCCAGCAUAUCCAGCUGCAACAGCAGGGAAUGUACGGCAUGAUGCCCGGUCAGGCCCUCGGUGGCGCCGGGGGCGGCGGCUACUACUACCCCGGCGGCAUACAGAUGGCUUACCACCCCAUGCAGUACCCGACCUGCCCCGCCGGCGCGUAUCCCUAUCCCCAACCCAGCAUGAUGCAGGCGCCCAUGCAGAUCCACUACCCCCAGCAGCAGCAGCAACAGCAACCUGUAUAUCAGCAGCCCAUGUACCACCAGCAACCAGGAUUUCUCGCGCCGGGCGCAAUGAUGCCUGAUGUCGAGCCAGGCGGUGCUCCUGUUCAGUACUCCACGGAGCACAUCCCUGCCUUCCAGGCGCCCGGAAUGCACAACAUGGGCGGCUACUUCAACAACUAA